AUGGUACUGUUCUGUACUACGCCACCUGCUCCUUUGCGUAUCAAUGUGGCAGCAACUCGUCUAUUGAUCCCGGAAUUGACGACGUCUAUAGCUGCGCGAGAGCAUGUUCGCGCGUUGGCUGCGACCACUUACGGACGCUGUGUGCUUGGACUCGCGGGGUUCCUGACCUUUGUGACUGAGAACAUGGCUGCAUUCGUUAAGUGCAUGGGUGCUGAUGUGAGCGCUAAUGACCUGAAGAUGAUGCACGAGAUGCUUCAGCUACUCGCUCAAACGGUGAUUGACGAGGACAAUGCUACUUUUAUUGCUCGUAUCGGAGCUCACCCUUUGCUGAUGCGUCUUAUGGAGCACGAGAAUGAGGAUAUCCAAGAGGCAGCUGCAGAGGUCGUCGCAAGAUGUACAAGUAGCCCGUCUGCUAUCACAUUUCCUCAUCGUGUACGCCAAGUGGCAGAAGUUGAGCGUGUGUGGCCGCGUGCAGUACCACUGCCCUUUGAUCCCCGCGACAAUGCUCCUACAAAUGCAGAUGGGAGCCAGAGCACGAUAGAUGUGCUUAUUCGUCAAGUUCCGAUUCGCAUGACAGGUCAAAGAAAAACGGGCUAUCUUUUGUGGGGAGCAGCAUUUGUUCUUGCUCGUUGGAUUCAUAAGCACCGUGAUCUGUUCUUUGGUAAAAGCUUGAUUGAAGUGGGUAGUGGUCUUGGACUCGGAGGCAUCACCGCGGCUCGAUAUGCGAGUCAAACGACGCUAACAGACUACCAGGCGGACACGUGCACAGCGCUUGAAUACAACGUGCAGCUGAAUAAACCGUUCACGCACGAACUUGACCCGGCAAAGCCUGAAGUGAAGGUGAUGCUUUUGGACUGGGACGUGACUGCAAGUAUUGAAGGUGUCCCUAAGGCCCAAAUAGUUCUGGGCAGCGACAUUAUCUGUGAACCCAGCACGGCCGAAGGAUUUUUGCGUGUUGUGCGGCACCACUUGCUCUCUGAACCCAAUGGCGUGGCCUACCUUAUGAAUGCCAACAGCCACAGCCGUUUUGGUGUCACCCACUUGCACGCGCUCCUAGCUGCAAGUACUGAUCUUUCGUACUGCAUAACACCAGUUGACAAACUGCGUGAUGGUAUCGAUUUACUCGAGACAGUCACCGAUGCACAGGAACUUUCCUAUGAAUUGUACGAGAUUCAUUCAGUCUCUUACUAA